AACAUAACAGUGUGACGAACGGGUGCUUGCUUGAAAAUGUAAUAAGGAAGUGGACAUUUUUUCGAAAAAACGAAAAACACAUCUUCACACGGGACAGAUUUCGAACUUUUUUAAUUAAUUACCGAUCGUUUAAUGUUCCGGGCGGUAUAGUCACCUUGGACAUACCCACAAGCCCGUAAUUACUCUUCACCGAACCGUUGUUACUAACGCUAGCUUGCUAGUUAGCUAUGAAUACAGACGUGGAAUUUCACAUCAGACAGAAUUACCCGUGGAACAAGCUACCAGCAAAUGUCAAACAGAGUCUUGGAAACUCUCAGCGCGAAUAUGAGAAGCAUGUGUUACUGUACAGUAUCAGGAAUCAGCUGCGAUUCCGCAAUAACCUAGUGAGACACGUGAAGAAGGACGAGCGCAAGUACUACGAGGAGCUGCUCAAGUACAGCCGGGAGCACCUCAUGCUGUACCCCUACCAUCUGUCCGACAUCAUGGUGAAGGGCCUGCGGGUCACCCCCUUCUCCUACUACAUCGGCAUCAUGGAGGACAUCAUGAACAGCGAGAAGAGUUACGACUCCCUCCCCAACUUCACCGCUGCUGACUGUCUCAGGCUCCUGGGCAUUGGGAGGAACCAGUACAUUGACCUGAUGAACCAGUGCAGGUCAUCCAAAAAAUUCUUCCGCAGGAAAACGGCGCGGGACCUGCUCCCGGCGAAGCCCGUGGAGAUCUCGGUGGAGCCCUGGUGGGUGGCGCAGACCGGCUACAUCACCGAGGACGACAUCAGGAUCUGCUCGACCGCGGAGAGGAAGGCGAUUGAUAAGAUGAUCGAUGCUGGUCCGCAGCUGGCCGGAUCGAUGGAAUACAACGUGGUGCUGAGUCUGUACAACAGAGGUUUCAUAUACCUAGAUGUACCCAUAUCAGAUGACAGCUGCAUUUCAGUUCCACCGCUGGAAGGGUUCGUGAUGAACAGGGUCCAAGGAGAUUAUUUUGAAACACUUCUUUAUAAAAUAUUUGUGUCCAUUGAUGAGCAGACUAAUGUGUCUGAGCUAGCUAAUGUACUUGAGAUCGACUUGGGUUUGGUGAAGAAUGCUGUGUCCAUGUACUGUCGUCUGGGUUUCGCGCUGAAGAAGGGCCAGGUCAUCAGCCCGGACCAGCUCCACCCCACCUGGCGGAGCGCCCCCUGUGUCAACAGGCUCAAAAGUACAAUGGACCCACAGAAGAUGCUGCUGUCAUGGGAGGGGGGCAGCCCGGUGAUGGAGGCGGGAUCCUCAGCCACGGACACUGACACCACCAGCCUGGAGGACCAAGACACGGCCAGCGUGAGCAGCCUGAGCAUCCCCGCCGGGCCAAUCAAGAGGAUCGCCUUCCUGUUCGACUCCACCCUCACCGCCUUCCUCAUGAUGGGGAACCUCUCACCUAACUUGAAGAGUCAUGCAGUCACCAUGUUUGAAGUGGGGAAACUUUCCGAUGAAACUCUGGACAGUUUUUUGAUGGAACUGGAGAAGGUGGAGAGUACAGCAGAAGGAGAAGCUCAGAGGUAUUUUGACCAUGCACUGACCCUCAGGAACACGAUACUGUUUCUGCGCUAUAAUAAGGAGCUCACCUCAGACGCUGAGCAACCAAAUAUAGGUCUGCCCCUGGACCUGCUGCGCUGCGAGAGCCUCCUGGGCCUGGACCCCGCCACCUGCAGCCGCGUCCUCAACAAGAACUACCGGCUGCUGGUCUCCAUGGCGCCGCUCAGCAACGAGAUCCGGCCAAUCAGCAGCUGCACGCCUCAGCACAUCGGCCCGGCCAUCCCGGAGGUCAGCUCCAUCUGGUUCAAGCUCUACCUGUACUACGUGACCGGUCAGGGGCCGCCGUCGCUGCUGCUGUCCAAAGGCUCCCGUCUUCGGAAGCUUCCGGACACCUUCCAGGCUUAUGACCGGCUGCUGAUAACCUCCUGGGGUCACGACCCCGGCGUCGUCUCGGCGUCCAAUGUGCUGACCAUGCUCAACGAUGCCCUGACCCACUCCGCCGUGCUGAUACAGGGCCACGGUCUCCACGGCCACGGGGAGGCCGUUCACAUCCCCUUUCCGUUCGAUGAGGAGGACCUCAAAGGAGAGUUCUCCUACAGCAACAUGUGCGUGCACAAGGCCCUGCGGACCCUGCGGGAGCAGGUGGACCUGGAGCACCUGUGCGGCUACGUCACCAUGCUGAACCCCGCCAACCGGCACCGCCGCAGGCUCAGCGAGUGCUCCGACGGCCGAGGGGACAUGGAGCUUGGCGGAGGGUUUGACGCCAAUGGCAGCACGGAGUCCUUCGAGCUCGUCACUGAGGAAAACAACGGCGAAGGGAACAAAAAGCAAGGGACAGAAGCGCCCUCAGCAGAAGAAGAGUGGGUGCCCCUGGAGCUGUGUUUCGGAAUGCCCCUCUUUAGCUCCGACCUGAACCGCAGAGUGUGUCAGAAGAUCGCCUCCCAUCAGCUCUGCAGCAAAGACAGCGUGCAGAAACUAUUACAUUCCAGCCGAAAACUGUCCUUGAAGGUGCUAAGCUUUGUGCAGUCGUUCCAGGAGGGCAGCCAGCCCGCUGACCCAGACAGCGGCGUCUCCUCUCCCCUGAGCCAGCCCUCGGCGGAGUCCGGCGUGCCCCUGCCUGCCCGCAACCUGCUCUUCAAGGAGGGCCACCUGAGCGAGUGGAGCGGGCGGGCCCCGCCCUCCCUCCACAUCUCCACCCUGCAGAAAGACCAGCCCACCUAAAGCCCCGCCCUCCCUGCACAUCUCCACCCUGCAGAAAGACCAGCCCGCCUAAAGCCCCGCCCUCCCUUCACAUCUCCACCCUGCAGAAAGACCAGCCCACCUAAAGCCCCGCCCUCCCUCCACAUCUCCACCCUGCAGAAAGGCCAGCCCACCUAAAGCCCCGCCCUCCCUCCACAUCUCCACCCUGCAGAAAGACCAGCCCGCCUAAAGCCCCGCCUCCUCUCCACAUCUCCACCCUGCAGAAAGACCAGCCCACCUAAAGCCCCGCCCUCCUCUCCACAUCUCCACCCUGCAGAAAGACCAGCCCACCUAAAGCCCCGCCCUCCCUCCACAUCUCCACCCUGCAGAAAGACCAGCCCGCCUAAAGCCCCGCCCCAUGCCGGAACCCCCUUCCUUUCACUCUGCAAAAAUAUCUCCGUGAGAGAAACUCCACCCCCCCAACCCUCCCCCCCCCCCCCACCCCCCUACGUCUGAUUGGCUGCUUUCAUAAAUUGUCCGUGUUACUUUGAGGUUUACAGACAUUGGUCUGUGACAGUGGUGCUGCAGAUGACAAUGCGGACAUUCGGUUAAAAAAAAAAAAGAAAAAAAAUGAACUGAAAGUAAUGCCAGCACUGUUUAUUGAGAUGAGCACAAUCAGGUUUUUAAUCUUUCGAUCGGAGACCAUUUCUCUUGAAUAAGAUUCUGCAUAAAAUGUAUAAAGAUUCAGAAAAUGGCCAAAUGCCGACCAACAUGUGUACAUGGACUACGCCUGGGAAACAUUUGACUUUAAGGACCAAGCCUGUGGUUUCAUCAAGCCUCUCAGUCGAUCCCCGAUCUCCCUGUAUUGUCUCAUGUACAGUAAGUAGCCCAAUGCAUGAUCCUGUUGUACAGACGUUCAAAUGGACUUGUGGAUCCGCUCAGCCAGUAAAUGACCAUGUAGUUGGGUUUUUAAUUUGCACAUUGCAAUGCUUCAGACCAGUAGCUUGUAAUUUAUUGUUGUGCGAAGGAAAACUUUUGCCGCACGUUGUUUUUAUUUCACUGUGGUUUUGUGUCCGCCGUGUUUUCCAACAGAGCAGUCUGUUCCCCCGAACAGUAGGUGGCGCUCCUUGCUGUGGUCUGUUAGAUCAGACAUGGAGCAAUGAAGCCAAAUCCGCUGUCUCUCUCAAUAACGGCGUUACCUUCGUAAUGCUUGGGAACACCAAAGACUGGUUUCUUUAGGUUUUCUCUUUAUAUUUUCAAUGCUUCGUUUUCCCUUCUUUUGGCCUUUGUUCUGUUGCCUUAUACCUUUUGUUGCAGACUCUGAGCAGACUGCCAGCUCCACUCUGCGUGUGCUCCAGCUGUGCGUCAGCCUACCUAGGAAACAGGAGGGAUCGUGUUUAUUGUGUUCUCACUUAAUGAAAACAUCUGCCAUCAGGAACAUACCAAAGUCUAGGCACGCUCUCUAAAAACCUUAAAAAGCUGUACGUGAUAAGCGUGCACACACACAAACACACACACACACACACACACACACACACACACACGCACAUUUCUGGAGGUGGACUUUUUCCUCAUAUCUUUUGUUUGCCUUUGAGGCAGCUGGCAGUGUUUCUGGAUUCUGAACCCCCAUGUGACUGAUAGUGGCGAUAGACAAAAGGUCCUGGUGCAGCAUGAUGAGUGUUAGAAACCGUUGUGUGUGUACUGUGCGCCUUUCUCCCCCGUCGACCCACAAUUUCAGAGCACCGUGACCGUUUCCCGAUCCUCCUGCACCCACACACCAGUCCGUUCCACCCCAGAGGGCCCCCUCUGCCCCCCCCCCCCCCCGACCCUCAUUGAUCCAUCACAGUGUUAGAGAACUGAUUACCAAUAGUUUUAUAAUGUCAGCUGACAUUUUAGCAAUCUUUGUUGUAGCUUGUUUGAUGGGAAUGUGAAAAAUGCUCUUGUAAUUAAAUGGGUACAAAAAAAAAGGUGACAUUCCUUCCUCACACUUUCCAAAAUUAUAUGUGUUAUUAUAAAUUAAAAA